AUGACAAGUUGCGCGAUCAAAAUCUGCAGAAAUUACAAAGGACGUUUACAAACAAUUAACAAAAUCUCCUACCAUCGGAUACCUAUCGAUCCUAUAAUUAGAAGUCGAUGGGUGGACAUAAUAAGAAAAAGCCGUGGAGAAGAGUUCUGGAAACCAUCCAAAACCACAGUGAUAUGUUCUGAACAUUUCCGUGAAAAGGACUUGUAUUUUGCAAAUAAUCAAGGCCGGCGAAGAUUGAAAAAGGAAGCGGUACCGAAAAAAGCAUUAUUCUUAUCAUCAGUGAAAUCUGACGAAAGUGAUAUCACUGAUGAAGACGUUGAAAUGACGAUGGAAUAUAACACUGAAAAACAAAAGCCCAUGAAUUUGAAUACUCCCGCAUCAAAUGAAGAGUCUAAAACUUCCUCCUCUAUAGCAUGCACCAAUGUAGUGUGCACUGAUACUUCGUCUCCUUCUAUCAGUCGCGUAGCUCAUAAAGUUUUGGCUAAUAAAACAGCGAAAUCUGAAAAUGAUAUUGAAAUAAAUGAAGAGUUUUCAGAUAUAGAUUCUAUUUUUGACACUCCUAAAAAAGCAAAGUUGAGAAGAGAAUUACGCAGAAAAAUUCGUAUCCAAAAGAAACAUUCUCUAAAAAUGCAAUCGCUUAGAAGAAAAAAUCUAUGA